AUGACAACAACAAUCGAGACCAUCUCGGCCCCGGCCUCUGGCCUCCACCGGCGAUCCACGGGACACUCAACCCUCCCUCCAAACUACGAGGCCGCUGAAGGCUAUGAACUUGCCCAGCUUUCUCCAGCAUCUUCUUCAGCAGAGUCACUCCCAAGAUACACAACCAUCUACGAAAACGGUGGCUCAAGCUCAUCUGCCAGAGACUCUGGCUUUUCCCCAACGAAGCUUCUCCAAAUUGAAGCCCCUGGUUUCGCACUCAUCGCUUUCCCUCUGCCCCCGCGUCCGGACCCCAUCUACGUAUUUGGCGUGAACCCCACGGGAGAACUUGAACAGGCAGAGUACGUCUCUAUCCGUCCGGCGCGCAACUCUGGAUCUUGCUUCCUCGCACGCCCAGACGACCCAGCCCAGACACCCAUCUGCACUACCACGUACCGCUUCGGCCCUGGCAAGCCACCCAAGAUCCGCCUUCUCGGUGGUGCGGGUGAAAAUGAGCAUGAAGAGGAGUUUGAGAUCAGCUGCAAGGGAUGCCUGACACGUAGCGUUGUCAUGCGAACUCAUCUCGGCACCUUUGAAUGGCGGUACAGUAGCCGUGCUGAACGCCGAGAAGCCCAAUCUUCUGUCGGCGAGGAAGUCGAUUGCCUACUCGUCCUCGACCGAGUGACAAACGUUGCUCUUGAAGGCGGAAAGCAGGAGGAGCGCCGCAGCAGAGUCGCGCAGUUUGUCCGCAGUGCCGGACUACGGACCCCAGGCACACGGAGGAGCACGGCUGGCAACGGAGGUCGAUUGAUGCUGGACCUCCGGGAGUGGACAGAUCGGAAGGGAGAGGCGGAGCAGAUGGAGCUGUUGGCCGUGGCGAGCUGCGUGUCGAUGAUGAAGAAGGAGGUUGACAGGAGGAGGAUGCAUCAGACCAUGGUCAUCAUGGGAGGUGCUUCUGGUGGUCCUUGA